CCGCGGUGCCCUUGGACCGGGAGUUGGCGCUGCUGCCGCCGCGGCGUCUUCGUGCGGCUCCGCGGGGUCCCCCUCGCUCGUCCUCCCCUGCGGCGCCAUGCAUCUCUGGCUCCGGCUGCCGGACGAGGCGCGGUCGCUGCCGCCGCCGCCGCUGUUCAGCUUCGUCUCGGUCUGGAUGGCCUUCGUGGGCUGGAGCGGCGCCCUGAUCGAGAACGGCCUCAACAGGAGGCCUAUCCUGGCCGCGGGUGUUCAUCGCCAAAUUCUGUGGGCAUCGGUGGGCUUUUAUAUUGGCCAUUACCUUGUUAAACGAUCCAAUUAUGCAUUUGCUAAGAGAGACAGAGAGAUUUCAGAGUACAUAAGGCAUCAUCCUGAGGAUUUUGUAAAGCAAGAAAAGAAAACUAUGGCAGAAGUUCUGGAGGACUUCUAUCCCGUUCGCUGAAGACUUUGUGAGUGGCUACUGUCUCGCUCAAUGAUGUGUGUGCGUAUUUCUUGUCCCAGCGCGAGCCUCUUGCAUGGGACUUGCAUAUAAUGUACAUCAGCAGUUGGGACGGGAUCCUGAUUUAAACAUGUAGACUGCAAUCUUAUCAUUAAAAGCUAUGACUGAGUACA